AAGUAAGAAUUAUCAUUAAAUACAAAGUUAUUGGUGAAACGACAUAAAAGAAUAAGUGAAGUUUGAUAAACGUUGAUAAUAAUUCGAAAUGGCCUUAUGGAAUAAAUUUUUGCAAUCCACUCCUGAAGUAAUGGAACAGAUUCGUCUUUGUUAUGGAAAUCACUUUCCCAUGGAAGUUCGUCAUUAUUUAAGCGAGUGGCUUGAAUUGCGAAUUCCUAUUGCUGCAACAUUUAUGGAAAGUGAUCCACAAUAUGAAAUUGAAGCUGCUCGUUUCCUCAACGAUCUUGUUCUUGAACUUGAAAGAAAAGCAGCUGCAAUGUCAUCAGAUGACUUAAUCACAGCAAAGUUACGGCUCAUCGAGUCUGCUAAGAACUUUCGUCAACAUUUCUCACAUAAUCCAAGUCAACUGUUCACUCACUUUCGAAAUUGUUUGAUGUUUGAAAGACAAAUUUUAUGUUCACCACAAGAACAUAACGCAACGAAAAACAGUGAUUUCACUCAAAUUGUUCAAGCAAUCGAAGAACUUUUAUCGCAAGUUCGUUUAAAUGAAAUUGAAAAUCGUAAUUUGAAGAAACGAUAUGAGUUGUUUUGUUGUGAAGUUCACGAAGUGACAAAAAAGAAUGCAGAAUACGAUAUGAUGAUGGAAGGACAGAUUCCUGAACGUCGUGAACAAAUCCUGACAAAGAAACAGGAACAGCAAAGUAAAUUGCAAUCAUCAUUAAAUCAACUCACUGGGCUGCGUUUGGGUCUUGUUGAUAAGUUCAAAGGGACAUUAGAACUGAUAGAAAAAGUUCAACAAAGUGUUGUUGAUAAAUAUUUAAAUCAAUGGUGCAUGAAUCAAGGAUUGGCUGGUCAGAUUUGUUACAAAUUCGCUUCAACAGCUCGCUUACUUAUUGGAAAUACAUUAAACAUAAAGAUGAACAGUCCACUCGUAAAAGUGACGAUUGUGUCUGAAGCUCAAGCACAACAGACGCAACAAACCAACAAAUGUUCUGAACAUUCAUGCGGGGAAAUUCUUAACAGUACCGGCAACAUGGAAUACAACGAAGCAACGAAACAAUUGUCUGUGAGCUUCCGUAAUUUACAACUUAAAAAGAUAAAACGUGCGGAAAAGAAGGGAACAGAAAGUGUUAUGAAUGAGAAGUUUGCUUUGCUUUUUCAAUCGAGUUUUGCUAUUGGUCAUGGUGAUUUAGUGUUUAGUGUUUGGGCAUUGUCGUUACCAAUUGUCGUGAUUGUUCAUGGUAUUCAAGAGCCUCAAUCAUGGGCUACAAUCACUUGGGAUAAUGCAUUUGCUGAAAUGAAUCGAACGCCAUUUGUUGUUCCUGACAAAGUGCCUUGGAAUCGACUUGCUGACACUUUAAACAUAAAGUUUCGUGCAUCAACAGGACGGAAUUUAACAGCUGAAAAUUUACAUUUCUUGUGUGAAAAAAUCUUCAACACUCAAGUUCCAAUGCCGCCAACUGACGAUUAUUUAGUAUCUUGGACACAGUUCUGCAAAGAGCCACUUCGUGAUCGUCAAUUCACAUUUUGGGAAUGGUUUUAUGCAGCAAUGAAAUUAACUCGCGAACAUUUACGUGGACCAUGGAAUGACGGAUCAAUUGUUGGUUUUAUUCACAAGCGAACAGCAGAAGAUCAUUUGCUUUCAUGUCCACGCGGAACUUUCUUGUUGAGAUUUUCGGAUAGUGAAUUGGGUGGCAUAACAAUUGCGUGGGUGAAUGAAGGAAACGAUGGAAGUCCAUGCGUUCUUCAUAUUCAACCAUUCACUGCCAAAGACUUUUCAACUCGUUCGUUGUCUGAUCGCAUUCGAGAUUUUUAUGAAUUAACGAUUUUGUUUCCAAAUAAAUCGAAAAGCGAGGCAUUCGAUCGAUACACGACACCAAUGGGGCCCACUCGGAAUGAUUACAUUCCAUCUGAAAUUCGAGCAAUUCUUCCCAACUCAAAUGCAAAUAAUAUUUCAAUGGUCAGCUAUGCAGGAACUCCAGUUUCAUUUAUGCAGUCACCUGAUGCAUCAAGAGACACGCCUUCUGUGCAAAGCGGUUAUGCAAUAGACGAUAGUCAAGGCAGCAACAUGGGACCAAUACCUACAUCACGCGAAAAAAUGAUGAAGGGUGUACGACGAGGAUGUGUUCGACUAAAGGGCGCUGUUAUAGGCAUUGACGAUCAAGACGCCAACACCUUCACCAUCACUGUUGAUCACAAGACUUUUCACUUCCAGGCACGCGAUGGUGAGCGCGAAAAGUGGGUGAGACAUCUUGAAGAUACAAUUGCGCGCAGCACUCACCGUCGUGGCGUGUACUAUGACACGUCUCAAACACUCCAAAGCAUGGGCGGAUCGGCAACAAGUGGCAAACACAAUUAUCUUGUUAUGUUUGAUAAAAAAGUAAGCGAAGCCGAUACAUAUUUGCAAAUGAUGAUCGAUCAAACAACGAAAAUUGAACAACGAAUUGAUGCCAUAGAAAAUGCUGAAGAAAGGGAGAAAUAUGAUGCAUUAAGGGAGCAGGCAAACUCAAUGUUGGAUCAUAUUAAACAUUCAAUUGUUCUACUGCAAAUAGCGAAGAACACAGCUCAUCCGAUAAAUGGAAUCUACAAUGGUCCGAUGAAGACCGAACCUGAUCCAACGGCGUCACCAGGUAACAUUGACGUUCUCCCAAUUACAGUUCCGGAGACAUCAUAUUCGAGUUCUGAGGGCGAGGAUGACUUUUAUGACGCAAAUGACGAUCCGUUUUCUAGUCAGGUGACAACGCCGACAAGCAAUAACAGAACAAUAACAGAGCCAGCUUCACGCUUGUCUGAUGAUCCUUUCGUUACAUGCGACGAUAACCUCAGCACGAACACCAGCACGCCAACAUCAUUGAAGAAGCAAGAAAGCAUAGAUUCACCAAUGAAAGAUGGUGGAUAUAAGAAGCGAAAUUCGAAAUCACUUCCGGUGCGAAACGAUGGAACCUUAGAUUAUGAUGCAAUCUAUGAGGAUGAAUCUGACAAUGAUUUAUCGAUGGAAUCUCAUGGCUCGGUUGUAACGCAUCUCUUAUCUCAAGUGAAGAUCGGCAUGGAUUUGACGAAGGUUGUGCUGCCAACAUUCAUUCUUGAACGUCGUUCGUUGUUGGAAAUGUAUGCUGAUUAUUUCGCACAUCCGGAUCUCUUCAUAAGAAUUGCUGACUUCAAAGAUCCACGUGAUAGGAUGGUGCAAGUCGUAAGAUGGUAUUUGUCAGCUUACCAUGCUGGUCGUAAAAGCUCCGUUGCCAAAAAACCUUACAAUCCAAUCAUUGGUGAAGUUUUUCGAUGCCAUUGGAACAUUCCAGAGUUUGAAAACAAACAAAAUGAAUCGUCAAAAGUUAUCAAAGAUGGACCAGUGCCAUGGUGUAAAAAUGAUCAGUUGACUUUCGUAGCCGAGCAAGUGUCUCAUCAUCCUCCAAUUUCUGCCUUUUACGCUGAGCAUCAAAGUAAACGAAUCAGUUUUUCUGCUCACGUUUGGACGAAAUCAAAGUUCUUAGGACUGUCGAUUGGCGUUCACAAUAUUGGACAAGGCGUUGUAACUUUAUGUGAUUUAAACGAAGAAUAUAUUCUGACAUUUCCCAAUGGUUAUGGAAGAUCGAUUCUUACUGUGCCAUGGAUUGAGUUGGGUGGAAAUGUAACAAUAAACUGCCCUAAAACCGGCUAUCAUGCUGAAAUUGAUUUCCUCACAAAGCCAUUUUACGGUGGCAAACGAAACAAGAUUCAAGGUGAGGUUUAUUCGCCAAACGAAAAGAAAUCUUUUCUCAGUAUUUAUGGCGAGUGGAGUGGCUUAAUGGAAGCGAAAUGGAAUGAUGGAACAAAAAGCAAACCCGAAGUGUUUGUUGAUGUCAAUCGAAUUCCAAUUUUUAAGAAGCAAGUUCGUUCUGUUAUGGAGCAAGAUGAGUACGAAUCGAGAAAAAUUUGGCGUGAAGUUACCGCGGGUUUGAAAGCAAAUGACAUCGAUAAAGCAACAGCAGCGAAAUUUAAUGUUGAACAAAAACAACGAGAAGAAGCUAAAGUAAGGAAAGAUGAAAAUGCGGCAUUUGCAAACAAGUUCUUUAGAGCCGCUGGUGAUGGUUGGAUUUACUUAAGUCCACUUUCUCAUAGACUUAAAAUUGAGCAAAGCAGUUAAUGGAGUUAAAGUUUUUUAGUUGAUGUUCGGUAUGAAAGUAGUAAAGUCAAAAUUAACCAAAACUUUUGAAGUUUCUUUUUUAUAUUUUCGUCUUUUUUGCCAUUUAAAAGAAAAAAACGAGAAUGCCAGAAAAUUCCGUAGAACAAACUUCUACUUCAAUUAUUUCUUUGUAAGAGCGGC